AUGAACUCGUACUGCGAUCCUGACCUCUUUGUACCGCUUGAGGUCGCUGUGAUGUUUAUUUCGACAGCCGCCAUACCAAAGUAUUGCUGGACUAGUUACGGCCAACGCAUACAGCACGACCACACGUUCUACACUGUCACCACCACGACGCUCAAUGACGAUAACCUGUCAUCGGUACUCAAAAUGAAGUCCAGCACUCGCAGCGACAAUCUUACAUGCGUUGCAGUGAAUCCAGCUGGCCAAGUCGCUCGAUCGGUCAGCGUCCAGAUACGUGGGCCAGGCAGCCCGCCGUCCACUGUCACAGUGCAAAGUGAACGAGGUGGCUAUACCGUAUCUUGGCUACCACCAUCACAUCCAAAUGGAACAUCACAGGUUCUGGCGAAGUCCGAGGAAGCUUUUUACGUGCGUGUUCAAGCCGCAGCUGACAGUGGACCAGGAGUGAUCUCUGAUAUUGUGGCAAUCGAAAAAGAUACCAUUCCAAUCACAGUCUCACUCGAAUAUACUUCACCACCAGGUCGAGAACACUUACUAGUAGAAUCGUGGGAAAAGAUCAAUGUCCGUUGUGUUGCUCGGGGUAAACCUCGGCCAUUGUUAUUUUACGUCCUCACUGAAGUUGGGGAGGAUCCAGAAGCUGAGAUCAAUGUCCGUUGUGUUGCUCGGGGUAAACCUCGGCCAUUGUUAUUUUACGUCCUCACUGAAGUUGGGGAGGAUCCAGAAGCUGAGGAGGACAUAUGGCACUUACUCGACGUUCAAGUGGAACGUGACAGUAUUGUAGGUGAAGUGGAAUUCUCCACUUUCACAUCAAAGACGCUCCACUGUAAAGCGAAAAACACUGCUGGCUCGAAUUCCUCAUCGCUAACUUUCAUUGUGAAAAAACCGGGAGAUCCUCCACGUGAUAUCCAGGUGUUAUCGAUCGACUCUCGUGAUGUCAUUAUUGUAUGGAAAGCUCCAAAAUAUCCGAAUAUGAAAAUCGAGUCCUACGAGCUACUCCUCAGCGACGACGUGGAAGAAGAUGAAGAAUACUGGCAGAAAUAUCGCACUGCAAUCAGAAAUGACUGCCUGGCCAGUGACAAGCGUACUAUGAAAUCCUCCUUGCCGACGGAUCAGCUGAAACCGUCCUACGAUUACUAUGUGAAGGUUCGAGCCAUCAAUGAAGCAGGAGCCGGACCACUUUCUGAGGCGAUUCAUUUCACCACGCCAAAUGGAGGACCAGAACAUCCUCCAACAGGUGUUAGUGUCGAGAUCAAUGAGGCAAACAUAGCCGUGGUACGAUGGAAUCCACCGAAUUCGACUACAGAGAUUCUGGUCAGCGGGUUAUUCUAG